UGAGUGAGGACAGAAGAGGCGGAUGGGGAGAGCUUCAAGUGCCGGUUCUCUCCUUGAACCUGGACUAUUAUGGGCCAGGAGCUGUGUGCAAAGAGGCUACAGCCGGGAUGCAGUUGCUACCACCGUCCGGAGGGAGGGGAGGCACACAGCUGUCGGAGAAGCCAGCCUGGGAGCACUGAGCCUGCUGCGUUCGAGCUAACGGACCUAAAAGAAGCAUCGUGUUCCACGUCUUCUUUUCACCCCAGGGGACUCCAGGUUGUCGGUGCCCAGAAGUUGGAGACUAAAAGGCCACGAAGCAACAGUGAUUCUUUUCAGGAAGAGAAUCUGAGGCAGGGGUUGCCAUGGAAGAAGAGCUUCCCUUUUGGGGCAGCCUCAUCUUACUUGAACUUGGAGAAGCUGGGCGAGGGUUCUUACGCCACAGUUUACAAGGGCAUUAGCAGGAUAAACGGACAACUGGUAGCCCUCAAAGUCAUCAGCAUGAACGCAGAGGAGGGGGUCCCCUUCACGGCCAUCCGGGAAGCAUCUCUCCUGAAGGGUUUGAAGCACGCCAAUAUUGUCCUUUUGCAUGACAUUGUUCACACCAAAGAGACUCUGACAUUCGUAUUUGAAUACAUGCACACUGACCUGGCCCAGUACAUGUCUCAGCAUCCGGGAGGGCUUCAUCCUCACAAUGUCAGACUUUUCAUGUUCCAACUUCUGCGGGGCCUGGCGUACAUCCACCACCAGCGUGUUCUUCACAGGGACCUGAAACCUCAGAACUUGCUCAUCAGUCACCUGGGAGAGCUCAAAUUGGCUGAUUUUGGUCUUGCUCGAGCCAAGUCCAUUCCCAGCCAGACAUACUCUUCAGAAGUGGUGACGCUCUGGUACCGGCCACCCGACGCACUGCUGGGAGCCACGGAGUACUCCUCAGAGCUGGACAUAUGGGGCGCAGGCUGCAUCUUUAUUGAAAUGUUCCAGGGUCAACCUUUGUUUCCGGGGGUUUCCAACAUUCUUGAACAGCUGGAGAAGAUCUGGGAGGUACUGGGAGUGCCCACAGAGGAUACCUGGCCUGGAGUCUCCAAGCUGCCCAACUACAAUCCAGAAUGGUUCCCGCUGCCUAAACCUCAAAGCCUGCAGAUUGUCUGGAGCAGGCUGGGUGGACUUCCUGAAGCUGAAGACUUGGCCUCCCAGAUGCUGAAAGGCUUCCCUAGGGACCGCGUCUCAGCUCAGGAAGCACUGGUUCAUGAUUACUUCAGUGUCCUGCCACCCCAGUUGUACCAGCUUCCUGAUGAGGAGUCUCUGUUUGCGGUUUCGGGGGUGAAGCUAAAGCCAGAAAUGUGUGACCUUUCUGCCUCUUACAGGAGGGGUCACCGCCUAGCCGGGGUUAACAAAUGUUGGUGAAAGGAAGAGGUGAGGUCAUGUAGACCCUUGCAGGGCUAUAGCCAUGCUGUCUCACUGUGUCAGCUUGUUACAAUGCAUCACGCCCUGUUUCGUACUGUACAGGAGAUCU